AUGUCUACCGAUGGGCAAUAUGUGCCAUUCGAUAGUAAUCCAACUUUGAACUAUCCAGAAAUACAUCGAGAAACUAAAAGAGCAGAAGCUGAAGAGGCGGCAAUUAAGUUGAAUAAGCAAAGAGGACAUUAUCUACCGGCAGCUGAGUGCUAUUCUCAUGCUCAAGCUACACCAAACAAGUCUUCAUCAUAUAAUAAUAAGUUUGAUGUUGCUAAUUCUAUUGAUCAUUCUACUCCUCAAGGGAAACCAUUUCCAAAUCCCAAUUGUGCACCAAGCUCUGAUCAAGAAAUAAUAGGUAUUCAAUUACUUCGAAAAAUUGCUGAAGAUUAUAAUUCAUUAAGAAAUACUAGCGAGCAUAGUACAAAAUUACUUACAGAACAACUAAAAGCUACUCGUCUUGAGUUAGAGAAAGUUCGUGAACAAUAUAACGUUUUAGAAACAAAUCAUGAAAAAUUAAUCGAGGAAAAUAAGAUUAUACCCAGACUGGAAACUGAAAAUGAGAGCCUAAUUAAAGAAAAUAAUGCAUUACAUAAAGUACACCAAGAGUUUUCAGAAACGAUGGAACAAGAAAAAGAAAGCCUAAUUUCUGCCAACAAAAGUUUAGAGGAAAAGUUCGAUAAACAGCUUGAAAUUGCAACAUUAAAGAAAGAAGAACAAUUAAAGACAUUAACAACUGAAAAUCAAUUCCUAAAAAAUCAGCUUGAAGAAAUGAAGAAGAAGAUAAGCCACCUUGAAUUCGGUAAGGAAGGCUUUAUUAAAAAACUUAAUGAAUCCACGAUGUUCAACAUUGACAUAGGUCCUACUAUUCUUGAUUAUUCAUCAUUAAGUUCCUCCUUCACUUUGAAUGAGUUGUUUCAGACAAAACAUCCUGAAAUACUAAGAUUUUAUACUCAAGAAGACGAAAUUAAAAUCACAAAAGCAAGUGAUGAUCUAAAACAAAAAUCAAAACAGAUCGACGAAUUCGAUAAGAAGAAUAAAUCAAUAAGGAAGGUUUUAGAGGAAACAGAAACACAACUGGAAAAGUAUAAAACAGAAAACGAAGAUUUAAAACAGGGUAAAAUUUUCAAAUCAAAAAUAAAAUUAUUAGAAGAUGAUUUAGAAAAGACAGUUGAGACAUUAAAUGAGACAUGUGAGAACAUGGCUUUAGCAAAGGCAGAAACGGAGAAAUGGAAAAUGAAAAUACGAGACAUCCAAGGUGAUGCAGCUGAACGUAUCAAAUACGAUAGAUAUCAAUUAAUGAAACUUGGUAUUACGGAAGACCUAUUUAAGACGUACGGCAUCGAUGAAGUAGAAAUCUUAGAUAAAAUAUCAUUAGAGAAUAUAGUAAAGAGAACGAUGGUUUUAUUGAACAUACCAUUUAAUGAAUUAAAUACGAAAAUAUCUCGAAUUGCUGUAUUUUUGAGAUAUGAAAAACCACUACUCAGAAAAUUCGUCACUGAGUUGCAUAUGGCAACAUUUGGAACAUCAGCAGACUUGAUCUAUAAAGCGAACCGUGCGACUAAACAGUUCAAUACCACUGGUGAUCUGACGCAUAUCGAUCAUCCUCUAAACCGAUGUCUAGAUAAACUUUUAAACCAAUUGAUCUAA